CCGAAUAUCAUGAGAAACGCAGCAGUCUACGCCGGCCUUCUAGCCACCACCUUCUCCGCCCUCGGCCAUGCGAUGGUCAAUCUCACCAUCCUUUCUUCUGUGAAGGAUGUCCAUAUUGGCGACCAUCUCUUGGUUGAAUGGGCUACCGAUCGCACCUAUGNNUUGAGUCUUGAUUUCAAUUUCGCCAAGAAGGAGACUUGGGGCUGGUCCGUAGCGCAAGCCUUCUUCGAGGAUCGCGUCGCAGAAGCUGGCGAGGGUAACAUUACUGUCAUUGUCCCCCACGUUGAGUCUGGACGUAUGCUCUUUGGCUUUCUGGAUCGGAGAUUGACGAGCCCCAUGGCUAUGCCAAUCUUACUAAGUGGUUCGUGGUUGAGGGCCCACACACGGAUCUCAAGUAGAAGCCUACGAACCGAGUCAUCACACAUCUGUACUGGUAUUCUGAUAGAGACUGACGGGUCACACCUGAUAAAUGAAAUAUCUUUAAAGACUUGUUACAUGAUGUGGAUCCAGUACGUCGAAGCAGUGUACGUCUCGUAA